AUGCUAGUAGAUCUUAAUGUCCCAUGGCCUCAAAAAAGCUUUAGGGAAUUACCAUCUCCACAAGAGAUAAGCAAAUUGAAGGCUACGCUAAUGACUUUACACACUCUAGGAUAUACACAUAUUGCACUAAACUUCACAGUGAAUCACAGCGAUAAAUUCCCAAGCUCUGCGAAGGAUAUGAAUCCAAUCCAAAUCAAAGAAAAUUUUUCGGGACUCAUGAAAUCAACUGGUCUAAAACUUUAUUCCCGGAUAACGCUGAUUAUUGAUGAUCCAUCCAAAGGCCAAUCAUUGUCAAAAAUUUCCCAAGCAUUUGAUAUCAUUGCGGCCUUGCCUAUCAGCGAACGUGGACUAACUCUGGCAACAGCAAACUUGGAUAUAGAUCUAUUGACUUUCCAAUACAAUCAACGUUUACCUACAUUUCUUAAACAUAAGAACAUUUGCAGUUGUGUAAAUCGUGGCGUCAAGUUAGAAAUAACAUAUUCUUCCGCUUUGAGAGAUAUACAAGCCAGACGUCAAUUUAUCCAGAAUGUGAAAAGUGUCAUCAGAAGUUCACGUUCUCGUGGUAUUGUUAUAAGCAGUGGGGCAGAGAAAUCCUUGGAAUGCCGGAACGUUUUAGGGGUUACAAGUCUCAUCAAGCAGCUUGGCCUUGAAAGUGACAAAUGCAAUAAAGCUCUUUCAGAAAACGCUGCACUUGUACUACUAAAUGGCAGGUUGAGAAAUCGUAGUUACAAACAGACUAUUGUUGUGGGUGGAGGAAGCAACACAGAUGUUGUAAAUGACGACGAUGUUGACGAUUUGAGACUAAUUAAGAUUGUGAAAAGAAGGGACAACGAUGAUGUAGAGUUGAAUCAUGCUUCAAAGAGACAGAAAUCUUAA